CCGAUUUCUCCCUUUCCUCUUCAUAUUCCCUCCUCCCUCCUGACGAACCCUUUCUCUCCAUCUCAUCAUCACUAUCAGUUCCUCCUUUCCUUUUCUCACCACAAAACCUUCAAACCUAAACACUGUAAACGAGAACUCUCAAAUUUAUCGAUGGUAAAAAACAACUCCGUACCUGUCUCUGCAAUCUUCAAAGCUCUUCAGGUCUCUAAUUCAUCACCAAUGGUAUACGUAGAGGUUCAUUUGAUUUAUAAAUAUUAUAGCACUUCACCGUUAUCAUAACGAUAACUAGAGGAAAGGAAAGAAAAUCCAAAGAAGUGGAUUCGAAUUGGUACUUUUUACUGGUUUCAAGAGGAGAGUUUUGUUUCUGAAAUGGAUCUUGAUGAUCUUCUAUCUGAACCGGUUGUUGUGAAUUCUCGGGCUAGGGUCAAGUUUCAACCUAAGGCUAGACCUAAAAGUAAUGUGAAAGUGGCUACACUGUCAGCGUCUGGUCAAUGUGAGGCCAUAAAGGACAAGCCAGAUGCACUCAGUGGAACGCCACAACUACGACACGCUUUAAGCAGUACAGAAGCUUUGCAACAAGAGUGUUCAGUGUCUGCUGGUAGCAAAAUCUCCGGACUAGUUGAUGUCUCUACACAGCUUGCUACCAGAAAGGAUGAAAUUGCUAUAGACCCUACGUUUCCAGGGAAUACAAAUACCUUGGACAUUCAUAGUGAUAAUCAGGCUGGUUUUGAAAGAUCAAGAGGAGAGAUAUUUUCUCUGAGUUGGAAUCACUUGAUACUCUUUCUCAGUCUGCCAUUUCAAAUGCGAGUACAAUGAGAAAAUUCCAGCCUAAGAUGAUAAUCAAUGCUCAACCGAGAAAUGAGCAUCCUGCAACACGGCCCAUCAUUAGUGAAGCAGCUUGUUCCAUUUCGUGUCGGGAUACUCCAAGUCAUCAAGAUUAUACGAU